AUAUAAUCAUGCGUUCGUUUUUGAUUGACAUGUUCUUCUUUGGUGUAGCACUAAACCUAAAAGUCAACGAAACAUAAGAAACAAAAAAAUGGGGAAGACGAUCAGCUUCUCAGCCAUAAUCCUCGUAUUCUUAUUGGUUUCCACAGGAUUGAUGAAGCAAGGAGACGCGCAAGCGCAAAAGUGUGAGUGGGAGUGCAAGCUUCUACCAAACUUCCCGUGCUGGUUAAAAGGUGCGGGAGAAGGCCUUUGCGACAACUUGUGCAAGUACGAAGGAGCCAUUAGCGGCGUUUGCGUCUCUGACCCCCACCGCUGCCUCUGUCGCAAUCGCAAGCCCGGCUGCUCCUGAUUUCAUCACAUAUUCUUGUUCAAGCAGUAUUUAAGCCCGUUUUACACCUAAGAAUAAGUUUCUUAAAAACACGCAAAAUAAUAUUACGUCU